AUGUCACCCAGCGGUCAGAAUGGCCGCUCUAUCGACACGUCUGACACCGAUGCAAUGUGGUCUAACCUUCGCAUGGCCCAUGCAGAGCUGAAAACUCGUUCAGAUGAUUUGCAGAAGAUCAAUCAAGAGAUGAAAGAGCUGAAGAAAAAGCAAGACGCCAUCAAGAGAGAAGUGCAGGACUUGGAAAGGGAAAUGGAUACUACCUCGGCACACAUCAUCCUGAAAGAAGCGCCAGCCCUCAUAGAGCCUUUCCUCACUCGGCUGCCUCGAGAGAUACGGGACCUUGUCUAUGAGUAUGUCUGCGUCCAUCCAGACACCAUACAGGUCGCUCUCCCCGGACAGCCUGGAGCUCGGGCAGACCCCUCAGUUGUUGGAUCGGAUGGCCAACUAAUGGAUGUGUCCUAUCUCUCAAAGUGGGAGGUCGUACCUAGCGAGCUGUCCGAGACAUAUUGGUCGAAGAAUCGUUUCGUAAUCACAGUCGGUUUGUGUACUAACAUGCGAUUUGACUCUUUGGACACUUUCCUGUUGCACGGAACAGUGCCUAGUGGAAAACCGUUUUGGAGGGUGUAUGUACGCCCGUGGCAGAAAAUUCGUCAUCUGAAGAUAGAACUGGCAUGCGAACAUUGGGAAUCCGACGUGCGCUACGGACAAGACAAGAUGAUUGACUACUACAAACCAGCAUACGGUCUCGAUGACGACUCCACAUUCGCGCAGGCUACCGUGUGGAAACAAGAGGCUCAGGUUUAUCCUCUCACUCGACUGAAAGGUCGAGAAGAGCUUCACAUCGAGAUCGAGAUACAUACCACGUUCGCCAAGCACGGCCCUGAUGUGCAAGAAUCCGAGCGUCACUUCGUCAAUAUCAUGGAGAGCAUUCGGCAAACUGUGUGCGAUCUGAUAGACUCUGGCGUCCGUGUCACGGUCAUGUUGAGCAAUCUCGACUAUAGCGAAGUGGCUCGGGGGCCUCAAACGUGGGACAUUACAUCUCGCUUUGUCCUAGACGCAGAAGAGUGGCGCAGUGUACGUACAUACUCGACCGUGAUAAGGAUCAAGGCUGACUUGUAG